AUGGCCUCGACCACGACUUGGUCUACAACCACCAAGACCUUCAGAAUUAUCAAUGCUCCAAUAUCCAACGACGACGAGCGGUCGCAAAAUUUAUCGGGAUGCUCAAUGCUGGUCGAAGACGGGCUUUUACCCAUGCUGUUUCGCGACGAGCCACCGCGGACGCCAGAUCCGCCUAAUUUCUACGUGGCCAGUGCGGGUAACAAAGGCGCUGGAAUGUUUGCGGCCAGGGAUAUACCCGCGGGUGCACUGAUCCUGGUUGACAGGCCGGUCGCGAUAGUGCCCUCCAAUAUUGAGCCCUUGCUUUCGUGGAAACGCGAAGCUUUCGAUGCGCUCAUCGCUAGGAUCAUACCCAGCGAAAGAGAGCGUUUACUUCAGUUGGCAAACUGCCAUAGUGUCGAGAGCCGGCCUAUCGUCGAGGGCAUUGCGCUGACGAAUGCAUUUGGUGUGGAACUAGGGGUGACGGAGCAGGAGUAUGGUGGAAUCUUCCCUAGUGUGAGCCGUGCAAAUCAUUGUUGCGGACUGAAUACUGCUAUAAAAUGGGACCCUGCAACAUUCUCAGUGUCGAUGUACUCUCUAUGUGACGUCCAAGCCGGAGAGGAAAUCUACAACCAGUACAUUGAUGUUCUCGCCCCUCGCGCCGAGCGACGGGCCCAGCUCGCCCGAUACGACUUUAUUUGUCUUUGCCAACACUGCGAUUUGCCGGAUGACGAAGCUGUCGCGAAAAGCGAUGCCGCCAGGGCCGAGCUGCGCGACUGGCGCAAUACACACACGAGAUUCGAGCCUUGGGCGGAGGAUAUGUGUCGUUCGGAUGAUGUCGUUAUCGAGUCGAGUCUGCGGGCGCUGGAGCUCGUCAGACAAGAGGGCUUGUGGGGAAUGCAGGUUCCGUUUAUGGAGGACCUCGCACUGAGCUAUGCGGUACUUGGUGACGAAGAGCAGUUCCGAGUGUGGGCGGAGAAGGUUGUAGAGCUGUGCAGCGGUCAGGAUCCGAAACGAGCCAACAAGUUUGCCCAGUGGCUCGCGGAUCCCGCGUCGUAUAGGAGAUGGGGAUGGCGGACGAAACAGAGGAAACUACUUGACAAACAGAAAAAUUUACCCCCAGACAUCGACAUUUCGAUCCCUUGGUAG